AUUCUUUUUGCUACAGCUACUUGAAAGUGCCACUCCGCAUGUCCCAAUUAAAUUCCGACUCUCGCUUCGUGCUCCGCGCAAAUUUGCACUGCUAGCCAAUUCCUGGAAGCCGAAAACGCGAUGGAUUCAGAUAGCGCGAGUCAUACAAGAAGACGCGACAUUACGAAGCAUUAGUAAGUUAUAUCUUAAGACAUUGUGUUCUCUGUAGGAGCGCCGGAUCAAAUUAUUUACGAUUUGAAUGACGAAAACCAGAGGCAAGCAACUCUGCAACUACAGCUACCGCCUGCGUAUAUGUGUCUACUAUUGUCCUGCCAUGACUCUUACUUUCCCUCGAAUUGUAUUCGUAAUUGCGUCGCAAGAGACUGCUCAAUACUCGUGACAGCGAGGGUCUCGAAUGACUAUCUGCCGUCUAGGUGAAGGCUACCCACAAUUCCGCACUCCAAGGUACAUCUCUAGCUCACUGCUGACCCACCUAACCCACCGACAUAUCAACCCCGUGUCACGCCAGUAUUACUCCACUCAAUAUCUCCAGCUUCUUCCCCACGGAUUCUCCUAUAUUUCCCCAUUCCUUAACUUGGUUCUGGUCCAAAAAUGCAGAACAAUACUUCGGAAAACCGAGACCAGAGCACGACACCGAUUGUCAAUCAAAGGUAGUCCCAAGGUACGGAGCGGAACUAAUUCAUCAUAA